AUGGAGGCGCUGAGAGAUUGGACGGUGAUGCGGGAAGACGAAGGGCGAUCGUCGCCGCCGCCGGUGGCGAUCGAAGGGCUGACGACGAUUCGGAAGUAUUGCGCGCUCGAGUUGGGCUUGCGCGUGGGCGAACGCGAGGACGAUCCGGACAUGUCGCACGCGCGCGAGCGCGUGUUCGAUUUAUUGUGGUACAUACCGUUGGAAUUGGAAAAGUUUUGCCUGUACGGGGGGUUGCUGUGCGCGGAUGCGAUUUUGGGGUUGUUUACGUCGCUGCCGGUGCGCGUAAUGUCGCAGACGGUGCGUUUGGCGUGGUCGGUGUCGGGGCUGAAAUCGAGAGACAAGACGUCGUCGAAGCGUCGUGCGUGGGGGAUACACCCGUAUGCGCGCGAACAUUUGAACGAUGUCUUGUGGCUGUUCAUGCUGUGCGUCGCGGUGACGUACACGCACAUGCUUGACGUGAGCGUGAUUUAUCACUACAUUCGAGGCCAAGAAGUGAUCAAACUUUACAUGGCGUGUCACGUCCUGGAGACGUUCGAUAAGUUGUUGUGUUCGUUCAAUAGCAACGUGCUCGAUGCGCUACAAAACAGCGUGCACGGAUGCGUCAGCGCGGCGACGAACGGGUCAAAAGUUGAUCAAGUGAAGUCUGGUGUCAGGCUCGCCGUGGAUGUGAUUUUGUCCACGAGCGCGACGGUGGCGCACACGUUCAUCCUUCUCACGCAUGCCGUGACACUUUCGGUGGCGAUCAACAGUCACACGAACGCUAUGUUGCUCGUGCUCAUCUCGAAUAAUUUCGCGGAGAUGAAAGGUCACGUGUUCAAGAAGCAGGAUCCAGAGAAGUUGUUUGGCGUCAGUCGACUCGACGUCAUCGAGCGAGUGCAUCUCUGCGUGUGUCUGAUGUUCGUCACCGCACAAAGAAUCAUGGCUGCUGGAAAUCUUGAAAUGGCGCUCACGCGUAAAUUUUUGAACGACAUAGCCUUGGUGAUGGGUUCGGAGAUUUUCGUCGACGUUGUGAAGCAUUCAUUCAUGGCGAAAUUCAACGGCUUGCGCCCAGGCGUUUAUCGACGAUUCUAUCGACAAAUCUGUCGAGAUCACGUGCACUUGACGCAGUCAUACAAGAUACAUCAAGUCGUUGGAUUCGUCCCACUCGCUCCGGCGGCGGUUAUCGUUCGCGUCGUUCCAGGUCUAUAUCGAACACUCAAGCAAAACGCGAUGUCCUCCGACAUUGUCACGCGAGGAGCUUUCGAUCGUUUAUUGGCACAUUUUAGCGGCCGUGUCAUCGGUCUCGGGGUCAUGUUCAUCGCGAUUUGUUUUAAGCUCGCGUUCGGUAUCGCUAUUUACACCUGGGGUGCGCGCUCGCUCGAACGCACAUCGAAAGUAACGCCGAGCGCCGAGCGAUGGGGCGCUAAGACGCCGGGCAAGGUGACUGGAAGCAUGCCGAGAUCGCCGCCUAGGAUCAAGGUCAAUUAG